AAGUAGGUUAGUUUUUCGAUAGUGGUCAAUACGUACUGGGAUAGGAUAUCUUCUGCAGCGUGCUGCAUAGUUCUUCAAUAACUAGUAACGACUAAGUAAUGUUGAUAAAAUGACGACAUUGUCAAGAGUAGUUUUAGCCUCGAGCUGCACAAUAUCAUUAGGGAUUAUCGGUUACGUGCAUUACGCCCAGUUCAUGGAAAGGGAGGAACUUCACGCGGGUGUUGUACGUGACUGGGAAGCACAGGAGCGUAUGAAGAGAAAGAACACUUUUGCACUCGCGCGCCAAUCUGAUAUCGCCAAAGAAUUGCGGAAAGAAGAGUUGGCGCAGCAUGAAACAUGAUUGAGUUGUCGCGAGUAGAUAGAAUUAUUUAUGGAUGCGAAUAAUUUUCUGCAUAUCUUUCCGACCAUACUACUAUUGGUUUUGUUUUUACACAACUAGUGAAUGAUUUCCAUCAAGUAAUGUGCAUAUCACCUAAGAAUCGCGUAUGCAUUGCUUGUUGCCAGUGUACAGGCGCUAUGCGCUCAAUAUUUCUAGUGGAAUACAUUAUUUGAAGAACAUCAAUCGAGAGGCACCUUUUUCUGAGUAAACGUCAAAAUUGAAAAACAAAAAAAUUAGUCAGAUUUUCAAUUUUUAUGGAAACUUAGAAGGAGAGUAAACUUCAUUAAAGACUGUUGAAAUAAAUUUUUCGAUGUAAAAAAAUUGUAUUUUAAUUGUUUGAUUGUCAAUAAUAUGAAUCUGUUGACCUUUCCACGUAAAAAACAAUCCUUGAAACUGUGUAUGGCUCUUCGGGUGAGUUGAUGUGAGCCUCAGAGCAUAUUACUGUAUAUGCUCUAAGAUGUGAGCUAUAAAAGAAACACAUCUUACAAGUAAUUGUAUACGUCUGUGUAUGUAUAGAAUACUCACGGAGUAAAGAACCGCUUUCAUCGUAGAUUUUAAAUAAAGCAUUCGAAAUACCUA